AUGUCUAACAACGGGCCGAUUACUUGUCGGACAAUCGAGGACGUCAACCUUCCUGCACCCGCGACCAAGCUUAUCAUUACGCAGCAUCUCGCAACAUCCCAUAAUUCUCCUCUCUGGGCCUGGAUCAUCGUUGGAGCCUUCUACGACCGCCACGACAACGUUCUUUGGAGUACCAAGAUCUUCUUUGGCUACCUGGGCACUGACGCGGAUUCUGACGACGAGACAACUGAUAGCGAGAGUAGCUCUUCACUAGCAGAGAGCGACGCUGAGGAGACAGACACUGCAUCAGACAUCUAUUUCUCAGAACGACCAAGUCAUUACGAUAGCAACAACGCCUUUGACUAUCAGCAUAUCAACCAGACACCUCAAGCUCAACAGUUCUACCCUCAUUGGAAUCAGACCUCGUCCUAUACUGCACCACCAGUGUGGGAUCCAGCUCGACAAGGUCAAGUUCCUGGUUACUGGAACGCUUCUUUCAACCCUCAAGUUCGUCGCUGGGUUCAUACCUGGCAGCCACUUUACUGA